ACAAAGGGGAAAAAAUCCUUUUCUGCUUGUGCCCAGGAGCACUCCUGCCAGCAGAGCAAUUUCAGAGAUGGUGCAACCCCACUCAGAGCUUGGGCAUUUCCUCCUGAAGAUAAGUGGGAAUUGGUUUAAGGAUGGAAAACCUAUCCCAGAAAGUGAAUCUCCUCCUCCUGGGGAAAAAUGCAGAGCCACCACUGCCAGCCUGGGACCUGCAGGGAUCUGUACACCAGGUACUCCUUAAUUUAAUAGCCUAGGAGAUGUGAAGGUCUAUUUGCAUGUCAUUAAAGUCCCCAAGGUGCCACUAGGAAUGUGUUUGCUGGUGCUGGCCCCAGCAGGGCUUGGGGCUGGCCCUCUGUCACCCCUACAGCUCUUUUGCUGGCCAGAGGAGCACAGUGUCCUCAGUUUCCCUCCCUGCCCUUGCAUUGCAUAUCAUAUUUUUUAAGCUCUUGUGAGCUCUUUGUCCCUCUCAAGGUCCUUCCCUCUCACUGCCUUAUGCCGCAAGAAACAUAGAAAGAAGAAGAUGGGAACUGAUAGAGUGCAGAAAAAAAAAAAGUGUAUUCAUUACAGUGGCAAAAUGCCCCGAGUUUCUUCUUAUUAAUCCCCUCCUUGCAGCAUUUCCAGUCCAGGCACAUACCUGUGAUGCUCCCACGGACCCGUGUGGUCCAGGAGCAUCGCUGAGGGAAGGGGGGUGUGUGUCUGUGAGUCUCCCGGUUGUCUGAGCAACGGGACAUUCAUCAUCAACUCCAGGGAUAAUUAACUCAUUUUCCUGUAUUUAUAGCAAACCAGUGCAGGGAGUAUUGGCACUUAUCCCUCACAGGGCCACAUUUGGCCACAACAUUUUGAAUUUUGGCCAUUUCUUGCAUUACGGCAGCUUUGUAAUCGUCCCCACUGCCUGCUCAUUAAUAGGGCAGCUCGUUAAGCUGAUGAGGGCAGGGGUGGUGGCGGCUGCCUGAGCCAGGCUGCCCGUGGGUGCCCACCUCAGCGUGCCCCACUCUGGGUGCAGGGAAUGUUUGCAGCAGCAUUCCCAUCUCCAGAUGCCUGCAUAUGCCUGUGCUAACAGCAGCGUCGCUCCCGGCUUGGCCGCUGGCAAGGGGAGAUUUUACUGCUUCAAGGUUUGUUGCAGAGAGGUGAUGCAAAGAAACACUGGAGCAUCCUGACUCAGCACCGCAGCAGUGGGAGACCCGUGGGAAAGACACGGAGCUUCUUCUCUUGGCAUCAGGGCAUGCAUGUGCCAGGGGAUGAGUGAGGAGCAGCUCCCUGCAUCUGCCCACUGCCCCACCACACGGGAGGACACCAAUGUCUCAGCCUCUGCCUACCCCCAGUACUGGGUCGAGCCGCGGUUCACGCGAGCAGCGAAGGUCCGUGUGAUCAUCACAGCCAUCUUCUUCCUGCUGGCGGCGGGCAGCAACGCGGCGGUGCUGGGCAGCCUGCUGAGGAAGAGGAGGAAAUCCCACGUGCAGCCGCUGAUCCUCAGCCUGGCUCUGGCCGACCUGCUGGUGACGGUAACGGUGAUGCCCCUGGACGCGGCGUGGAACGUGACGGUGCAGUGGUAUGGAGGGGACAUCUCCUGCAAGGUCCUCAACUUCCUCAAGCUCUUUGCCAUGUACGCGGCCGCCCUGGUGCUGGUGGUCAUCAGCCUGGACCGGCACGCGGCCGUGCUUCAUCCCUUCUCCCGCGCUCACCGCCGCAACGGGAUGCUGCUCCGCGCCGCCUGGGCCGGCAGCGUGCUCCUGGCUUUGCCCCAGCUUUUCCUCUUCCACUUGCACACGAUUCCAGGAGGGAACUUCACCCAGUGUGUCACGCACGGGAGCUUCCGGGCGCACUGGGAGGAAACUGUCUACAACAUGUUCACCUUCACCACCCUCUACAUCACCCCUCUGAGCGUCAUGGUUGUUUGCUACAUCAGGAUCCUUUGGGAGAUCAGUAGGCAGCUAAAGAUCAAUAAAGGUUUGACAAGAAGUCAAAAUGAUCACAUCUCCAAGGCACGCAUGAAGACUCUCAAGAUGACCGUAGUGAUUGUUGCCACCUUCAUCAUCUGCUGGACCCCAUACUACCUCCUGGGCCUGUGGUACUGGUUCCAGCCAGCCAUGAUCCAGAAGAUGCCAGAGUACGUCAACCACAGCUUCUUCCUCUUUGGCUUGCUGCACACCUGCACAGACCCUGUCAUUUAUGGACUCUACACCCCCUCCUUUCGGGAGGACGUGCAGUUGUGUCUCAGGGGCAUCGAAACAGCAAUCACCAGACACAAGAGACACAAACCCAUCUCAGCCUCAGAGAAGAACAUCAAGGAUGGUGCUGUAAAUGGUGGAGUGGCCUCAGGGGGCUCCAAUGGGACAACUGCCAGUGCAGUCUGAUGGAGAGACGUACCCACAAGGAGAAGGGAGGUACAGCUUUGGGGCUGCUUGGUCCCAUAGGAUCAUUCUACAGACUGUUCUAAUAAGGUUUGCCACCCAGCUUUGGUGGGUGAGGGUCUCUGGCCAGGAACAGGGAAUGCAUCUCCUGUCUGUACUCAGGGUGAAAAACAUUUGGGAGUAUUUAUGGUCAUUCUGCCAUAUUCUGGCAGCCCUGUGACAACUAGAAGAAUAUCUUUUUUGUACCCUGUGCAUGCUCUACCCCUGAUUCUGGGGUCAAGCUUCUGCACACUUCCAGCAUCCACCCCUGGUAGGAGACUCUCCAUGUCCUCUGUGGUCCAGGGCCAUGUCCAUGGGGUGUCCAGUCUUCGAGUGCCCCUUGCAGCUACACCCCGGUGUGGAGAUGCAUGGAUGGUGUCACCCUGAGGCUGCAAAGGUGCAAUCACAGGCUUUUACUCUGUUUUCUCCACCCAUUGUAGGAAAAGCUCCCUGGAAAUUUCGGAUCUCCUGGCUCAGAGCCUGCCUGGUUCUCCCAUGGCUGUGUGACAAGCCCUGGGAGAGAUCUAAAUAUCUGAGAGCUGACUAAUGCAAGGGCAUUAGUUCUGUGGGGAUGGAUUGGCUUUGACAAGAAGGGUACAAAGAACCACAGUGGGAUAGGUAUAGUGUGGGGGUUCUUCUCCCUUUUGGAGAUAACCAGAAGGGAAAACAGUCCAUGUUCUGGUGUGCAGGGGAUGGUACGGAUGCAUCCUUACACAGCAGUUUGGGAUACAGGGCUGACCAGGAGGGAGGGUGUUUGGGGUAAUCAGAGAGUGACAACCAGACAUGACCCUGCCCAGGACUCCUCUGGACCUCUCUGUCCCCAUGUCCCAGGGCACGAGCUGGCAGGUUGCAGACCACUUGCUGGACGCAUUUGCUUUGCCCAGUGCCAGUCCAGUGCCAGCCCCUUGGCUUUGCCCAAGCAGGGCAGGUGCAGACACCCCACAGGUGAUGCCAGAAGUGUCCCAACAGGGAAGGUGAUGGGAAACAGCUGGUGGAUGGAGGGGCUCAUCAGUACUUAUCAGUGCCAGGUGGGGGCUGACAGUCUUUGGCUGCACUGUGAGGGCAAAGGAGGCUUCUGGAUGAGUCAGUGGAGCUGUGGUGAGUAAGAUGGGUUAUUUGCUUUCUACCACUGUGCCAAAGGUUGCUUGAGAAUGUGGAGGGUAUGCAUUGAAGAGAUGGGUUUUUUCAAUUGUGUUGUCCUUUCCAGGUAAUUAGAAAUAGUGGAUUAUUUCUUUUUUCAUUCUCUGGUGAUUGUUAUUAAAUGUGGAUUUUUUUCCUUUUGAAGAGAAAUUUAGUUUUGAGCCAGGUGGAUUUUUUUUUUUUUUUUUAGUUUUGUGAAAUUUUGGGAAGUCAGGAGCUCUGGACUUGGCAGGAAGCACUUCCUUGGCUAUUUUUGUGGCCACCUCAGCUUUGAACAUGCAUCUGGACUUUAUCAGGAUGAAAGAGCUUUGUUUUAAAAACAACUCUUGGCUUGCUGUGGUUGCAUAUGUAGGGAGCUGGAAGAUGUCUCUGCCCAAGAAAGCAAAUUUCCCUUGGGCAUUGAGGGGGCCUUUUCUCGAUCUUGUCUCCAAGAGGGGAUGGCUUCCCAUCAGUCAGAAAGGAUCUGCACUGGUCUCCCAGUGCCCCAGAUAACAAAUUAUUGAAGCUGGAUGGGUGGUAAGCAGUCCUUGCAGGCUAGCUGAGGCUGGGCAAUGAGGACAUGGGAAGCCAGAGCGCUCAGGGUGAGCUGUAGUCUGGUGUUGGGCACUUGCCUUCCCCAUGCUAACAAUUUAUGCUAAACAUGCUGCCCAAGGAGGAAAAAAAAAUCAAUUAGAACUGCAGGAGCCCAGACCACCUGGUGGGGAUUAGUGUGAGCCAUUUAGGAAGCAUCCAAACUCCAACAAGAUGAGUAAUCGCAGUAUGACUUUCCUGGGCUUGUCCUGCUCAAGGUUAAUUACACAAUGCAGGAGCUGGCUGAUGCCAGGCUGGCAAAAAUGGGCCUCUUGUAAGGUGGUGGAGAUGGCUGGCAGUAAAAGAAGCUAUACUCAUCAACACUCCUUUGUCUCUCUGUAUAUGUUGCUUAUGAUGGCUGAUGGGAGGCAGAACUUGAAGGUGUGUUGAUUUUUCUGGCAAGCCUUCAGUGAGCAGGAAAGUGUCUUUAACCUACUGAAAACUUUCUUCAUCCACUUCUUGCUGAGUGAGAGGGAGCAGGUCUGGCAUUGCUCAUGCACUUAAGACCACGUGUCCUCUCUUGCCUAGCAGCUUCUCUGAGGAGUAAGAAGCACUUUUUCUCUUCUUUACAUCCCGUGGAUACAGUGAGAGGGCUGAAGCAGGUUUGGCUUGAAGUGGGCUCAAUGAUCUUAGAAUCCUUUAGGUUGGAAAAGACCUCUAUGAAGAGUAGGAAAACUGGGAUGCUGUCUAGUAUACAUACCUUGGUCCUUAGGGGAAGCAUGGCACAUCCCUCGGGAUGCUUGUGGGCACUCCAGUGCUAUUCCUUUUGCCCACCUCUUUGAUACCUUCCCUCCUGUUGCUGGUGUUCAAAUGGACAUUUUGGGAAGCCUGGAGAGUGGGCAAGGUGCCCAAAGUGACAGUUUUCAUGAGAGAAGGAAAAUGUCACUGGAAGAGUGUGCUGCCAAGCCAUGUGCCCACCACAUGUGGGAAGGGGGAGUGAGCAGGUGGGCAGCACCUCCCUAGGGGAGCUGGGAUCGACCUGGGUUUGGGUCCUGUCACAGGUGGACCAAAGCUAGGCCUGUUUUGGAUAUUCCUCUGUUUCUGCUUCUGCUGUUCUUAAAUUUGCUCAUACUGCAGAGAGCACAUGAUUUUUGCAUCACUUACCAGGAGCAUGAAUCCCAGAGCCUCGCUUCUGCCCACGCUGGGGGUGGUCCUGCUUUCUUCAGAGGUUCCCUCUCUGCCCACGUUGCCUCAACCCCCUGGUUUCCAACAGCCCUUCUUCUCAGCUGGCUCCUGAGAUCUCCAUACAUAUAUAUAGUGAAAAACCCCCUUAUAUUUAUGUCUAUGUUAUAUAUUUCCCCUUAUGGGAGGAAAAUCCUCCCACGAAACCUGCCUGUCCCCACCAGAAAGCACCAGCUGCCACGCUCCUCCUUGCAGUCCCAGCAGGAUCAGGUUUGUGUGAUUCAGUAACAGUUCUUCAAUACUCACCACAGUAAUGUAACAAACACAUUAAUAAGCACAGGUAGCUCUAUAUUUUACAACUCCUCACCCUGGGCUGCCCGUUUCAGACACAGCGGCCCUUUGUUCGGGAGGAAAUUCUGAUUCAUUCCCUGUUAGUGUUUUCAUAGCACUGUGCAUGUUCAAAGAGCCACGCAAGUGGCUUAAGAGGCUAACACAAACCUUGGGGUUAAUUCAUAAUACUGUUAGUUACUCAGCACAAUACCCGCAUUAAUCCAGCUGACUGCACCUCGCCACGUUGGGAAACACAUGCUGAAAUCAGCAGGGAGCACAGAAAACAAGCGUGGGAGUAGGAUGUUAAGUAUUUUGCCAGCCCACUAGGUUGAAUGUGAGCAUCUUAGAUGUAUUUAAAAUAUUUUCCUGUUGCCUUGCUCCGCAGCUGUGGAGCUGGGGCAAGGAGGAGGCUGUGCCCAGCAACCCUGCAGGCCUGGGAGGAACAGGGCUAUGAGCCCUCCAAGGGACACUCCAGACACUACAUCAGGACUCAGCCUCUACCUGCAACCCUUUUUUUUUUUUUUUUUCAGUCUGUUCAAACUGAUAAAGAUAGAAAAAGCUGAUUUUUUUUCCUUUAAUACCUGCUGAUCUCAUUGCAGAGCUGGACUGUGCAUGUCUGCCAUGAGCCCUCACAAUGCUUUCUCUCUCCGGGGAUAUGGCCUGGAGCUAUUAUUACUCCUUUUGCUUACUCUCAGAAACUUUCCUAUGCAAAGAAACCCUAAGAAAAGAGCUUCAAAUCCCUGCUGUGUUCCUGUCAUCUGGCUCAGGAGCUCCCAGGUUUGUGCCUUUCCGUGCAGUGCCAGAAGACAGCCAUCCCACAACUGCUGCCGAACCUCCACCUUUUCCAAAGGGCCCCAAACAGCCCAUCCGUUCCAAAAGAUGGGUUUUUUUCAGAUAUACAAGGCUUUCAGCUACCCAGUACCUAGCUUUCAGCUACCCAGCAUCAAAUACCCUACGUUUUCUGGCUGGCACAUUACCUCCCCCAGACUUGCAUAUUUAUAUGGCACAACAUUUAAUAUAACAUGCUGAGGUGGACAAAAAAUGGGCACCUAUUCCCAGGACCCACGUGUCUCAAACCCCAAGUUUCUGCAUUGAAAUACCAAGGAGUAAACUACUAUAAAGUAGAUGAAUCUGUUGCACAAUAAAUUAUUAAGUUUAUGUAUAUUUUAAUUGCAAAUCACUGCUAUAAUUAGCAUGGACACUUCUUGGGCUGAGGCACCACAACAUGCUUUGACACUGAGCAUUAUUAACGGGCUGUAAAAGGCAAUGGGGAAUUGGAUUAUAAUGUUCUUGUUUUGCAAGUUGUAUGGUGAAUAAAUAAAUUUGUUCUGGCAGCACAAUUAACUGGGAUAAAUAUGUCUAGCUCCAGCCACCAACAAGAGGGGUUUCUGGAAAUCAGCUUGUUCUCAGCCUUGAGUUGAGAAAACUUGAUUGGACAUUAUUUCUGGCAGUUAGGUACCAGAACAACAUCAGAAGAAGAGAUUUUCUUUGAAAUAUUUAAUGAAUAAGGGAGCAAUCACAGACUCAUUUGCUGGAAAUGUGAUGAGAUUUUUUUCUUUUUUGUGGUUAGGGUUCACUGUGCAAUGAAAACUUGUGUUUAUCAAGACUGAACUGUGGCACAUAUCUGGCUUUUCUUUGCCUACAACUUCCCUGGGUCUUCAUGGGGUUAUUCCAUGCCCAGGCAAUAAUCAGAGG